AGCCCAACGGCCACCUCCACUCUCCUCUCCAACAAAACGCCCACUCCCCGGCGAUAUCCUUCUCCCUGCUCGCGGAAGCAUCAGUUAGCCUUCUCGUUCCCCUUCUUCUUUCACGCGUUCUUCUAAGGGUUUUUGAGGAGACAAUUUUGGCCUAAAAAUUGUAAAUGGGCUUGUGGACAUUGCUGGAAGGCUGCCUGCUUCUUGCAAAUGCCUUGGCCAUAUUGAAUGAAGAUCGAUUCCUUACCCCCAGAGGUUGGAGCUUCCAAGAAUACUCAGGAGCUCGGAGGAACUCAGUAAAGGGACAGAUUAUUGGCCUUAUUUACACAACACAAUACUUAAGAGUUCUUCUUAUUCUACUGAACACCCUCUGUAUUGUUAUAAAAUUUGUAUCUGGCUAAUGUUUCAUUGGAGAUCACUUGAAUGCUGUAUACCAUAGAUCUUGUGAAAGGAGUGUGCAUUGGAGGUUCUUCUAGGGAUGAAGCAUUUGUUAGGAUGUUGCUUGUUGGGUUAUGUAUUGCUGAUGUAUUUGAAAAUUUUCUGCAUUAGUUGACGGACGUCGGCUGUAUUUUCUGAAUUUGUACAAAGAGAGAACAUGCUGCAUCUCUUGUAGUAUCUUUCUUGAUUGUGAUAUAUGCCUUACGAUGUGAGGAUUAGUGGAAUGGUUCAUUUGGUUCUGUGCCUUUAUUUA